CGGGGAGGCGAGGCAAGGCAAGGAUCUGCUGCUAGCACCGUGCCGCCUGAACUCAAACUGUAAGCAGCAGCGCAGCACCAUCACCGCUGAGCUACACGGAAACGCCAACGCAGGAGGAGCGGCGACGUCCCCCACACUGUCUCUCUGUGCAGGAGCGAAAUUAGUUUGGUGAGUCGUUUGGAGACGACCACGGUGGCGGCUGCUGAACAUGAAGCGAAGCCGUGUUCCCAGCACCAGCGAGGAGUCCGAUAAUGGAAGUAAUUGCACAUCAUGGUCUCAGAUGUCAAACUCCCAUCACAGGAGACGAGAUGGGAAAAGACCGUCUGAGGUGUUCAGAACUGAUUUCAUCACAGCGAUGAAGCUUCACGACUCGUAUCAGCUCAAUCCCGAGGAUUAUUAUGUGCUCUCGGACCCCUGGAGGCAGGAAUGGGAAAAGGGCGUGCAGGUCCCUGUGAGCCCAGAGUCCAUCCCCAAACCUGCAGUACGCGUUGUGGCGGAGAAAUCAUCCGGUUUGCUCUUCACGCGACCGAAGAAACUGAUCCGCUCCUGGGGUCCCGAGGCGUCCGUGCUGGGUUACGUGGGUAUCGGGACGCUCGCCGAGGGGACGUGUCGGUAUGACCUGAACGAGGAGGACGUCGCCUGGUUGGAGGUGGCGAACAGAGAGUUCAGUCAAAUGGGUAUGCAGCUGCUGGACGAGAACUCCAUGGAAAGACUCAUGGAGGAGUUUGAGCGCCGUUGCUAUGACAACAUGGCUCACGCAAUGGAAACGGAGGAAGGGCUCGGGAUCGAGUACGACGAGGACGUGGUGUGUGACGUAUGCCAGUCACCUGACGGAGAGGAUGGCAACGAGAUGGUGUUUUGUGACAAAUGCAACAUAUGUGUGCAUCAGGCGUGUUAUGGCAUCCUGAAGGUUCCAGAAGGCAGCUGGCUGUGUCGGACAUGCGCGCUGGGCAUCUCACCUAAAUGCCAGCUCUGCCCGAAGAAAGGUGGUGCCAUGAAACCCACCCGCAGUGGUAGCAAGUGGGUCCAUGUUAGCUGUGCCCUGUGGAUACCGGAGGUGAGCAUAGGUAACCCAGAGAAGAUGGAGCCCAUUACAAGCGUGUCUCAGAUCCCUAAUAACCGCUGGGCUCUAAUCUGCUGCCUGUGUAAAGAGAAGACUGGAGCUUGUAUACAGUGCUCAGCCAAGAGCUGCCGCGUGGCCUUCCACGUCACCUGCGGCCUGCAACACAGCCUAAAAAUGAACACCAUCCUGACGGACGAGGACGAGGUCAAGUUCAAAUCCUACUGCCCCACGCACUCGGGUAUGGACUGGCACGAACAGAGCGGCUUCAUAGACGACAAAGGGAACGAAGGGAGGGCGAAAGGAGCGGAUGGGGCGCGGCUCAGCGAAAGAAAGCUCCGCGUGCAGCAGCUGGAGGAUGAGUUUUACCAAUUCGUGAACAUCGAGGAGGUCUCCAAGCACCUGCAUGUGCCGCUGGAGAACGUGGACUUCCUGUUUCAGUACUGGAAAUUGAAACGCAAAUCAAACUUUAACCAGCCGCUCAUCACACCCAAGCGGGAGGAAGAGGAAAGCCUCGCUCGGCGAGAACAGGAAGUGCUGCUUCGCAGGCUCCGUCUCUUCACACACCUGCGUCAAGACCUGGAGAGGGUGCGGAACCUGACGUACAUGGUGACCCGUCGGGAGAAGAUCAAACGAUCUGUGUGUCGAGUGCAGGAGCAGAUAUUUCAUCACCACGUGCGGCUGCUGGAGCAGGGACGACUCUCUGGCGCAUCUUCCACCAGGCAAUUAGAGGAAGCCAUGUUCUACUUCCGGGUCGUGCCCUCGGCAUCCACGUUCCCCCAGCCCCUGAGAGGUCACAUGGCUCAGAACAGCGCCACCGAGCUCUCGCAGAGGAAGAGCGGCCCGCGUCACGGCGCCUCCAGACGAGGCCAGAACGAAGCGGACGAGUCCUCCAAGAUGGACGCCUCCCUACUGAGCAAACUGUCCGGCACAAAUCCCGUCUGCGGCGGGAACGAUUCAUCAGCGAACGAGACCGAGCAGCCCGUAGGGGGGGAGCGCAGGAAAAGGAGGAGGAGCAGGCUUUGGGAGCAGCUACCGGAGAGGAACACCCCAGGGUCGAAGGUCAUGGGCGGGACCGUGCAGAACAGUAUAGUAACGGAUCAGAACAUGAUAGCGAUGCCCGAGAGCAAAGCGGCGGAAAUGAAAACCUCCGUCGCGGUGCAGAACGUGUACAACGGUUCUCUCAGGAGGAUGAAUACGAGUCAGCAUCAGGGAAAGACGAUGUCGGAGAAGGUGUCCCACGUCAAGAACUGGGGCAGUUUCCGCAUCCCGAAGCGGAGCGAUAGCAAAGGAGCGGAAGGAGAGCAGGAAGUGGAGGGGAGGGACUUUACCCAUUCUCAUCCCAUCCAAUCUUUAGACGCGAGCCACACCCCCACCUCCCCUCCAAUCAGAACUCGCCUAAGGACGGGCACGGAGAUCCGCGACCUCGCGUCCGAGGCUGAUCACAGCCAAUCGGAGCAGAAGAAGAGAUGCCACACCCAGCGGCUCCGGAGUCAUGACCCGGUGGCACAGCGGUACGGCUCGGAGGUUUUGCGGCGCGGAGUGCUCGCGUCAUGAAAACGACACCGUGAAAACUUUGUGAAGUUAUGUGUCAAAAACUUUUUUUUUUUGUUUGUUUUUUGUGUAAUCCAAAUACAAAGCAGCACUUAGAGGAGCCGCAUGUAAGAUUUUUUUCUUCGCGUCCGGAUUUUCACGCAUCGGUUGCAGACUUCAAACGUAGUGUUAUUUACAUACAAACGGUGAAGUUUUUUUUUUUUUGUUGUUGUUCUUUAAACAUCAUUCCAGUUCUGAAAUAUAACAGAAAUCAGACCGGCUUUUAACACAGACACAUUUACACUUUAGAUCGCUUGUUACUAGGUUAAUCUAUUGCGGAUAGGAAGACCUUAUUUCACAGUAGUAAUCUUACAUGUAGCUCCUUUUAAGCUUCUGUUACCGGACAGGUAUUUAUUUUUCUAUUUCAUAUCCUUCUCGAUGCUGCUUCUUUUUUCUUUUCUUUUUUUCCCUUUUGUACUUCAAUUUAGCUGGCUUUUCUUUUAUUUUCCUCUCGUCCGCCUGCUACAAUGCGUAGUGCAUAUGACAAGGUCUCAGAGGCUGAAUGCUAAGCUUUGUAAUCAAAGACAAUGAAAUUAGUUUAGCUAAUUAGCUCGUUUUCUGUUGGCUACCUGUCAGAAACGAAAAACCAACAUGAUUUCCAAAUCAUGUCUUUUUUUUUUUCUUUUUUUUUUCUUCCUUGAUAUAAAUUGCUUACAGCAGUAGUGUUGAACACUGGUCUGAAUCAAGUGAUGAAACUCGCUGAUGUGUACAAUCGUGAAUAGCACUUAGUUCAGUAGGUUCCAGUUUAAGCCCUAGGGACUUUCCGCACUGCACAGAUUUGUGUUUUUCUCACUCCGACAUGCCUGUUUAAGCUCUUUAGCUGGUCGAGUCAUGUGCGUAAAAGUAGGAAAAUAUGAUGUGCUGAGGCUCCUGGGAUUGUGAGAACCACUGACUUGGUAACGUAUAUAUGCAUACACUUCGUAGUGGUAUUAUGUCAAAUGAUAAGGGGAAAAAAAGUAAUUUGUCCUGCAUUCCACUUGUUUUCAACAUGCCCUUGUUGACUUCCUUCCUGACUCGGGGAAAAGACGCGCGUGUGUGUAUGUAUGUGUUUAUGUAUGUGUGUAUGUAUGUAUGUAUGUAUGUAUGUGUAUAUAUACACAUAGAUAUCUCUCUAAAUAUACUUAUCUUAGCAAGCACAAUGUACUUAAAGUGAGUCCCUUAGCAAUUCUACUGUCUAUUUGCUGUAAGCUAUGCACAUAUUAGCCUUCUAUCGGCAUUCCGACCAGCUAACAGAUUAAAAACCCAAUUUGAUCGAAACAAAUCAAAUUAUAUAUAUUUUGAGAUAUAAAGAAUUUUAUUGCACCUCUCUGUUUUUAAACUUCCUCACCCAUCAUGUAAUUAUAAUUUUUUUUCAAUAUUAAAUCAGAUUGCGGUACCUUCUGUACCCUCCCAUCACUCGAUUAUCCUAUUCAUCAUGUGUUACAUCAUAAAGUAUUAGAACAAACAUAUUUCAUAAAGGGGAAAAAAAAGCCAAGGUGAAGUCGACCAGGGCGUGUGGGGAAAAACAUUGGAAUGUAGCGUCGGCCUUCCAGAUUAGGCUCAAAUGAAUUAUAAACCAAUGUAAGAUUUUUUUAAAAACCAAGAAUAUUCUCUGCAUUUUUGUUGUUGUUUUUUGGUUCCCCAGGGUAGUUAGAUUAAUUCCAGGAUCUACCCAGAAAACUGUAUUUAUGAAUUUAUUUAUUUUGUUUAAAUGUUUUUUUUUUCUUUUUGUUUUUCUUUCUUUUUUCUUUUCAUAUGUAAAGAAACUGUGGCGCUUUAUUUUGUCGUCAUGGCAUCUUUCUCUCCUCAGGUAAUUCUUUAUUUUGUGCACUUCCGUUACCCCCAUCCCCCACCCAACGCCCCCCCCCCCCCC